UGGAGACCAGAGUCCAGCCCCGACUCACCCCCUCCUCCCCCACCUGGGCGUCUCUCACAGUCCACGAAGGCCGCAGCCUCAGUCCCGGGCCCCCACACCCCAAGACCCCCCCAGAAAAGGAGACCCCCCAACUCCGGCCUGGGCCCCCCGGUGCCCGCUCCACCAUGGAUUACGCCAAGGACUACGUCUCUGCCCUGUCGCCCGGCUCCUUGUUCAGGUCAAUGUCCAAGGCGAGCGGCCAGCUGGGCCGGCGCGUGUGGAGCCCGGCCCCGCCACCCCAGCGGCCCUUCCGGAUCUGUGACCACAAGCGGGCCACCCGCAAGGGGAUCACGGCCGCCACGCGCCAGGAGCUGCUGGACAAGGCCACGAUGGCGCUGGGGUUGAGCGGGCACCCGACGGCGGCCUUGGUGCUGGAGGAGGAUGGCACGGCCGUGGACAGCGAGGAUUUCUUCCGGCUGCUGGAAGACGACAGCAGCUUCAUGGUGCUCGGGCCCAGUCAGAGCUGGAGCCCCAGCAGGGGGGGUGUGCUGGCCUACGGGCUGGGCCGCGAGAAGCCGCGCCACGGCCAGGACAUCGCCCGCAUCACCUUCGACGUGUACAAGCAGAGCCCGCGCGACCUCUUCGGCAGCCUCAACGUCAAGGCCACCUUCUACGGCCUCUACUCCAUGAGCUGUGACUUCCAGGGCCUCGGCCCCAAGAAGGUGCUCAGGGAGCUGCUGCGUUGGGCAUCCAGGUUGAUGCAGGGCCUGGGCCAGAUGCUGCUGGGCAUCUCCUCCACCCUGCGCCACGUCAUCGAGGGGGGGGACCAGUGGCGGGGGUCCGGCCGGCUCCACGCCUACUGAGCAGGGGCGGCGGAAGGGACAGACGGCGGCCCCGCUUCGCCCCCGUUCCCCGCCUCCGGCAGCCGCCGCCAGUCGACUUCCAAUAAAAUAGA